AUGUUCGAGAGCUUUCAGGCGUGGCCCAAGAGGAGCCCGAAGGUGUGCAGCGUGUGCUGGAUCAACCGGCAGGGCCUCGAGAGCAACCUCCAUGUUUCCCGCAGACUCUCGGUCAUGCAGGCGAAGUUCCCCGAUACCUGGAAGCUGGCCGCCUUCUCGCAGGGCAGCCGAGUGCCCUUCCCCAAGCCCAUGUCGCAUGGGGAAGCUCACGCGCAACCUGAAGAAUUGCCGCGGCGCUGUCGACGCGCCGCGAAAUUGAGAAGGGUUCCCAACAGCACGACUUGGGUCUGCCCCGACGGCGGAGGGUGA